AUGAGUUUCUUCUCUGACUGGAAACCGAUGCUGGUGAAAAUGAAUUCGGCGUUGGGCCUUACUAAAGUCGAGGACCGUGCCCAGUACUAUUACCUUUUAAUGGCAGGGAUGUGCAUUGCAGUCGUUUCUCUUUCCAGACUUUUCAACAAGCGGAAGCUUGAAGUAAAAGUCCCUCUCGAAGGCUCUUCCGGAGUCGUCUCAUCGUACGUCGACGCAUAUGACUUCAUUGCAAAUGCCAAGUCUGUGCUCAAGCGAGCUUAUGUGAAGUAUGGAAACGGGACAUUCAAGAUUCCCGCAAUGAAUCGGUACACCGUUAUAAUCAACAAACGUGAACUUAUCGAAGAGAUUAGGAAGGCGCCAGACAACAAGGCAUCUUUUGCUGAAGCGAUAAUUGACGACUUUGCGUUCCGUUGGACAUUCGGAUUGAAAGUCGCAAGGAAUAGAUAUCAUGUCACAAUCGUCCGCAAUCAGCUGACACGAUCUUUGGGUUUGCUGUUCGACGACGUCUACGAUGAGAUUAUCCAAGCCUUCAAUGAUCUUAUUCCCAAGAGUAAUGACUGGGUUGCUAUCCCGGCAUUGGAUACGAUGAGACAUAUCGUAUGCAGAGCGAGUAACAGAAUUUUUGUUGGCGUACCUCUUUGCAGAGAUCCCGAAUUCGCUGAACUGAGUGUCAAUUUCGCUAUUGACACCAUGAAGACGGUAUAUAUGAUUCAGGAUAUGCCUGUUCCUUUACGCCCCGUUGUCGGUGCAUAUUUCAGCCCGACAGCCCGAAGUGUCCGGCGGGCUAUGAAGCUCCUUCGCCCAGUACUUGAGGAGCGGUUCCGUAUGUAUGACGAGAAUGGCGAUGAUUGGUCAGGGAAACCGGUCGACAUGAUCUCGUGGUUGAUUGAUGAAGCGCCACAGAAUGAGAAGCGAAGCAUUCGGGACCUCACAGUAAGGUUACUACACUUAAACUUUGUUGCUAUGAAUGCGACCUCGAACAGUUUUACUCAUGCCCUGUUCCACCUUGCGGCCGAACCGCAAUAUAUUCACCCGUUACGGGACGAGAUCGAGCAGGUGAUUAAGGAGGAGGGAUGGUCGAAGGUUGCAAUGACGAAGAUGUGGAAACUCGACAGUUUCAUGAAAGAGAGCAUGCGAUUUAAUGGCAUCAACUUGCUAACCUUGAAUCGCAAGAUAAUGUCAGACUUCACCUUGUCGGACGGAACUUUCCUCCCUAUGGGCACAUUCAUUGCCGCAAAUCUGAUAGCGACGCAUCAAGACGAAUCUUACUAUCCAGGUGCAGACAAGUUCGAUGGAUUCCGAUUCGCGAAAUUGCGUGAGCAAAGCUCAGAAGAAGGCGUAAAGCACCAAAUGGUCAAUACGAACCCGGAAUAUCUAGCAUUCGGUCUCGGACAUCAUGCCUGCCCCGGCCGCUUCUUCGCAGUGAACGAGCUCAAGGCGAUAAUGGCGCAUCUUAUAUUGAAUUAUGAUGUGAAAGCAGAGAUGGAAGGAGUUCGACCAGAAAACGUCUAUCAUCGAAGUCGAGUGGGCCCAAACCCAAAGGCCAAAGUUCUGUUGAAGAAACGAAAGGACGCGUAA